AUGGCAACUGGAUCCACGGAACUUAUGUUUGUACAGAGAUUAGCUUCCAAUGAAAGAAGAAUAAGAGAUAAAGCAAUUAAGAAAAUACGAAAAUAUCUUCAUGUUCGUUCUAAGUCAAAAAAAGAAUUCAGCGCUGAAGAUUUCCUUAAGAUAUGGAAAGGAUUACAUUUUUGUUUGUGGAUGCAAGACAAACCAUUAAUUCAGGAAGAACUGGUAGAUAAAAUAACUUCACUAAUUCUUUCCCUAUCAACACCAGACCAAGUGUUUUUGUUUAUGAAAGUAUUUCUGGUAACAGAAAGUCGAGAAUGGCUGACAUUAGAUAAAUGGAGAUUAGAUAAAUUUAUGAUGCUGAUACGAAGAAAUUUAAGAGAGAUGCUUCGUUAUGUACAAAAUAGAAAUUGGAACAAGUCAUCAAUAGAUAAUUUAUGUGCUGUUCUAAAAGAAACAGUUUUGAAUCCAUCAGAUGUUAAAGUGCCAUUUGGUUUUCGAGCCUAUUUUAAUCUUAUCUUCCUGGAAGAACUAUUUUUGACAGGUUUAAAGAAGGUAUCAUCGUUAAAACUCUGUGAAAUAUUAGAACCUUUUUUCAACUUUCUUUAUCAAUCAACUCAAAAAGAAGUUGUAUUGGAUAUCAUAAAAAAAAUUGUUAAUCCAAUUGUAAUCAAUGCAAAAAAAUUAUUUUGUACAGUUCAAUCCUCACAGCUUCAAGCAAUCGCUGUCUGUGAGAUUAUUGAAGAAAAGUUGUUUAAUUUUGGUAAAGAUGUUAAAUGUAAUUCCUGGCAAAGAAGAUUAUUUUAUGAUCAAGUGAAAAGAAUACGAGAUUUCAUUGAUACAACUGUUGCAUUAAAAAUACCUGAACCUGACUAUGAAGAUUGUGAUAUACAGUUAAAUAUUCCACAGUUAAAAACAACCCCCCAGCCAGAAGAUCAAAAGGGAAAGGCAUUGGCAACUUCAGAAAAAACAAAUUCAACAAAUUUACCAGAUCAGAAGGCAGUCAAGCGAAGAGCAUCACUUGAAAAUUCAAUAUGUAGUCCAAGUAAGAAAAACAAAGUUACAGCUGAAAAUAAGACACCUGUACUUCUAGAAAGUCAAAUACUUCCUCAACAGACUAGACCUAGUGUAGAAAAGAAAGUUGUUUUUGAUAUGAAGAAGAACACAGCUUUAAAAUUUAAGAAGGGCAUGAAAAUUAGUCCUCGACCAGUUUACUCACCAAGCAAAAAACCUGAUCAAGGCAUACUGAAAUCACCCAUUGUACCAAUUCAUCAGUCACCUGUAAAGAGCAGUAAAAAGAAAUCUCCUAAAGUGCAGUUGUUCCAAAAGGAUUCAUCUCAAAGAGCAUCGAUUCCUUUAUCAAAAUCCAAAAAAGAAACAAGUGGUAGGAUGACUAGAUCUAGAGCUUCAGACUUUUUCUAA